UGCUUAGCUCACGCUUCCAUCCAGCAAACCAAACCAGCUAGCCAGCUGCUGCCUCGCCGCCUUCCACCUCUCUCUCUCUACAAAUCUCUCCCCGUUUCUCUCUGCCUCUCCACCUCCACGUCCAUCUCUCUCUCUCUCUCCUCUCUCCUCUCUCCUCUCUCCUGUCGCCUUCCCACGCGCGCCGCUCGAUCCGUGUAGCUGUCAGCGAUGGCUGAGGAGGCGAAGCAAGAGACCCCCGCCGCCGCCGAGGUGGUGGUGGUGGAGAAGGCCGACGAGGUGGUGGCGGUGGAGAAGGCCGUGGAGGUGGAGGCGGAGGAGAAGAAGUUGGCGGAGCAGGAGGAGGAGGAGGAGAAGAAGGCGGAGGAGGCGGAGGAGGCCGCUGGGGGCGAUGAGGCGGCGGUGAUCGAGGGGACGGGGUCGUUCAAGGAGGAGAGCAACCUCGUCUCCGAGCUCCCCGACCCGGAGCGCACGGCGCUCGCCCAGCUCAAGGAGCUCGUCGCCGCCGCGCUUGCCGCCGGCGAGUUUGACCUUCCCCCGCCGCCGCCGCCUCCACCGGCCAAGGCGGAGGAGCCGGCCAAGGAGGAGGAACCCAAGGCCGCCGAGGCCCCCGCCGCCGAGGAGCCCAAGGCCGAGGCCGAGGCUGAGGCUGAGGCCGCCGCCACGGAGGAGCCCAAGACCGAGGAGCCCAAGACCGAGGAGCCCGCCAAGGAGGAGGAGCCCAAGGCGGCGGCGGCGGCUGCGGCCGAGGAGCCCAAGGCGGAGGCGGCGGCGGAGGAGGCCAAGCCGGCCGAGCCGGAAACGGAGGAGAAGACCGUCGUGGUCACCGAGGAUGAAGGCACCAGCAAGACGGUGGAGGCCAUCGAGGAGACCGUCGUCGUCGCCGCCCCGGCCGCGGCCGCGGAAGCCGAGGCUGCGGCGCCGAAGGAGGAGCUGAUAUGGGGCGUGCCGCUGACCGGCGACGACGAGCGCACGGACACCGUGCUGCUCAAGUUCCUCCGCGCCAGGGAGUUCAAGGUGAAGGAGGCCAUGGCGAUGCUCAAGGCGGCGGUGCUGUGGCGCAAGCGCUUCGGCAUCGACGCCGUCCUGGCCGCCGACCUCGGCCUGCCGGAGCUCGAGAACGUGGUGUUCUACCGCGGCGCCGACCGCGAGGGCCACCCCGUCUGCUACAACGUCUACGGCGAGUUCCAGGACAAGGACCUCUACGAGAAGGCCUUCGGCGACGAGGAGAAGCGGGAGCGAUUCCUCAAGUGGCGCAUCCAGCUCCUCGAGCGCGGCAUCCUCGACCAGCUCGACUUCUCCCCCAGCGGCAUCUGCUCCAUGGUGCAGGUCACCGACCUCAAGAACUCGCCGCCCAUGCUCGGCAAGCACCGCACCGUCACCCGCCAGGCGCUCGCCCUGCUCCAGGACAACUACCCCGAGUUCAUCGCCAAGAAGAUUUUCAUCAACGUGCCAUGGUGGUACAUUGCGGCUAACAAAAUGGUGAGUCCGUUCCUCACACAACGCACCAAGAGCAAGAUCAUCUUUUGCACCGCAGCCAAGUCUGCAGAGACCCUUUUCAGAUACAUUGCUCCUGAGCAAGUCCCUGUCCAAUUCGGAGGCCUCUACAAAGAGGAUGACACCGAGUUCUCCACCUCAGAUGCUGUCACAGAGCUUCCGAUCAAACCUUCAUCCAAAGAAACUGUUGAGAUUCCUGCUACUGAGAACUCCACGGUUGUGUGGGAGCUUCGGGUGCUUGGGUGGGAGGUGAGCUACGGUGCAGAGUUCACCCCUGAUGCAGAGGGUGGCUACACUGUCAUUGUGCAGAAGACAAGGAAGGUGCCCGCCAAUGAAGAGCCGAUCAUGAAGGGCAGCUUCAAGGUUGGCGAGCCUGGCAAGAUCGUCCUCACAGUCGACAACGCAGCAUCCAAGAAGAAGAAGCAGCUUCUUUACCGAUUCAAGGUCAAGAGCUCCUCUGAAUCUGCCUAAGGUUCGAGAUAUUUGGCUCUAUAGAUAUGAUCACCAACCAAGGUCCACAGGUCCAUACCACCACCAUUUGAACAUGUUGCAUCAUAGAAGAGAACAAUAAGAUUUUUAGGUGGUCUUUUGUGGUUUUGUUCUUUAAUUUGUUGGCUUGCUGUUCUUCUGGGGGGUUCACAUUUGUAUGUGUUUACUUAAAACCAAAGUGAGCUUGUUCUAUGAGAGAUAGGUGGGAGAAGGUGGGGGGAGGAGUAUGAGAUGGUGAUGUUUCUUGUCUUCUUGAGGUCAGGACAGGAGGGAGGGAACUGUGGAAGGAAGAACUGAAGACUAGCUGUUGCUGAUCUGUAUAUCUGUCUGUACAUUGCAUCCAUGGAUUCUCUUUCAGCAACAUGUUAAUUUUUAGAAGAGAAGCAUUUCGUUUUUGUCGUCA